AUGGGUGUUACCGGUCUUUGGACGGUCGUGCAGCCUUGCGCUCGCCCCAUCAAGCUCGAAACUCUCAACAAACGGCGCCUCGCGGUCGACGCGUCGAUCUGGAUCUAUCAGUUCUUGAAGGCGGUACGAGACAAAGAGGGUAAUGCACUUCGAAACUCCCAUGUUGUUGGGUUCUUUCGUAGGAUAUGCAAGCUCCUCUAUUUCGGCAUCAAGCCCGUAUUCGUCUUUGAUGGCGGGGCACCUGUUAUGAAAAGACAAACGAUUGCUGGAAGAAAGAAGAGACGAGAAGGUCACCGAGAAGAUGCAGCGAGAACCGCUGGAAAGCUGUUGGCGGUACAGAUGCAACGCAGCGCGGAAGAGGAGGAAACCCGUCGACGCAAUGCAAGAUCAAAUCUGGAAGAGGAAGAAGUUCCCGAUGUUCCAGUCUAUGCAGAUGAGGCCCUCAUGACAGAAAAGGAAAAACAGCAAAACCGAAAGUUCAAAAAGAAGGAUGCCUACCAUUUACCAAAUCUGGAUGUCUCGCUCCAAGAAAUGGGUGCGCCAAAUGACCCACGUAUCAUGUCCCAGGAAGAGUUGGAGGAGUACGCCCGUCAAUUCCACCAGGGUCAGGAUAUCAAUCUGUACGAUUUUUCCAAGAUCGACUUCGACAGCCCGUUUUUCCUCAGUCUGCCAGCCACCGAUCGAUACAACAUUUUGAACGCGGCAAGGCUACGAAGCCGACUCCGAAUGGGAUACUCAAAAGAGCAACUGGACACUAUGUUUCCAGACCGCAUGGCAUUUUCGAAGUUUCAAAUUGAUCGGGUUGCGGAACGCAAUGACCUGACACAACGGCUAAUGAAUAUCAAUGGCAUGAAUGGGGAGGACGCAUUCUACAACUCCGGGCAGCGCAUUGCAGGAGAACGCGGCAGGGAAUAUGUGCUUGUCAAGGACCGCGAACACGAGGGUGGGUGGGUCCUCGGAGUUGUGGGAAAUAAGGAAGGCCAGGAAGAAAGACCCAUCGAUUUGGAUCGACCUGAAGUCCUGUCUGAGGAUGACGAGGUUUCGGACGAGGAUGUCUUUGAAGACGUUCCGAUCGAAGGGUUAAACCGACUUCCGAAACUUCCCUUUCUCCGAGACGGUGCUUUUGAUCAAUCGCUUCGGUUGCAUGAAGACGAAGGUGAUGAUAUGAGAAGAGCCAUACAAGAAUCACGCCAAUAUGCACAGCAUCGGCCAGCGAUUCAUCAAACCGAACCACAGGUUGAAGAUGAUUCUCUUUUUGUUGAAGCCGAGGGCAAUAUUGGCGCACAACAGCAGAACAACGACACCGAUGAAUAUUUCGACGGCGACGAUGAUGACCUCGAACGAGCCAUUGCCCUUUCAUUGCAGCCAGAUCCAGAUCAAAUCGAUGAAGAAAUGCCGGAAAUUCCUUUGAACCGACCAGUUGAGCCAGCACCAUCUCACCAAACUAUGCCAGACCCUGACUCCGAGAGCGAUGAUGGGAUGGACUUUGCUGCAGCUGUGGCCAAAACGAAAGUUUCAAAGAAGCCAUCGCAACGCCCCAGUGCAUUUAGUGGCCCUCUUCCCUUUGAAUCCAUCAAGCUUUCCAAAGUCAGGCAUGAUAAUACCAAAAAUCACGAGAUAGACGAAAAUGCAGGUGGCUUUUUGAAAGAGCCUGCAUCGAAGAAACCGCAACAAGACCCACUUCCCCCAUGGUUCGUUGGUGACCGUUCCAAUACAGAGUUUAUCACCGAUCGAGUCCAAGGCCCUGAUGCGGAUGAUCAACCGACAACGCCAGAUCACCAAUUUCUGUUCAACCGUCGCUCGCCGGAUGUCAUUGAUGUCGAUGGGUUAUCUGACACAAAGGAGAUUGUGGAUCUAGAGAAUGAAGAAGCGAAAGAGGAAGACGAGGAAAAGAAAUCCGAAACAAAAGACAACAUCCCCGGGCAGUCUCCAAGUGUCAGAGAUAUAGAAAAGGUUUACAGUGAAAUCGCCAAUAAGGUAUCCGAGGAGCCUCCAAGCGAACCGACGCAAAAUGAUUUCACCCCGCCCAAAACAUUGUCAGAGUCACCGGCAAAGCCGGCAGAAGACCCAGCGGUUCUCUUCAAUACGCAGUCUCCGCGCAGUGAGAAGUCUGCCUCGCCUGAAUUUGAAGAUGUGGUUCCCGAGCCCCCUGCUCAAGGACCGGAGAUUACUGUGGUCUCCCACCAAGAGAAAGCCCAGCCCCAGGCCCAGGUUUUCGAAGAGGUGGAGCAGCCUGAAGCUUUCAUGCAGGAACAAGCCGACUACAGCGAUCCGGAAGAUGAGGAUCUUUUUAAGCAACUCGCAGCGGAAGGCGAAGAGCAUGCGCGAUUCGCCAAUACCCUUAAUUCCGUUUCUGGUCAAGAAGUCUUUGACUAUGAGCAAGAGUUGAAGCAACUGCGAAACCAGCAACGAAAUGAGCGCCGCGAUGCCGAUGAAGUGACUACUAUCAUGAUCAAUGAGUGUCAGCAAUUGUUGACUCUUUUUGGACUACCGUACAUCACCGCCCCUAUGGAAGCUGAAGCGCAAUGUGCCAAGUUGGUCUCGCUCGGUCUUGUGGACGGGAUCGUUACAGACGACAGUGAUAUCUUCCUCUUUGGAGGAACUCGAGUUUACAAGAACAUGUUCAAUCAAAGCAAAUUUGUCGAGUGCUACUUGACAUCAGACCUCGAGAAAGAAUACGCCCUUCAUCGAGAAAAGCUGAUCAGUUUUGCUCAUCUCUUGGGCAGCGAUUAUACAGAAGGUAUUCCGGGUAUUGGCCCUGUCACUGCCCUGGAAAUUGUGACGGAAUUUUCCAAUCUGGAAGAGUUUCGCGAUUGGUGGGCGAAGGUGCAAAUGGGCGCCAACGAUCCAGACGACAUUCACUUGGCGUUUCGAAAGAAAUUUCGCAAGAAGGCAUCCAAGAUAUUCCUGCCGCCCUCGUUCCCUGACACCCGUGUUGACGACGCGUACCUAGAGCCAGAAGUGGACCACGAUCCUUCUCAAUUCCAGUGGGGUGUUCCUGAUCUCAAUGGGCUCCGCAACUUCCUCAUGGCGACGAUUGGCUGGAGCCAAGAGCGCACAGACGAAGUCUUGGUCCCCGUUAUUCGGGAUAUGAAUCGACGCGGCCAGGAGGGCACGCAGUCAAACAUCACACAAUUCAUGCAGGGCCCCCAGGGGGCGGGUGCGUUCGCGCCUCGAGCUCGUGGCGGCGGACCGAGUCGCAUGGAGCAGGCCUUCAAUCGACUGCGGGAAGAGGCUCAGACUGGCGAAGGUUCAACAGGCGAUGACGCGACUGAGGAAGUUGAGGCAGAGGCUCCUGGUCCACGGAAGGCCAAACGAGCCGCAUCCACCAAGGCCAGCACGAGCAAGAAAAGAAAGACACGUCGCACAGAGUCGCAUGAUUCCUAG